GAGCGUGGAAGACGCCAAGGCUCGGCUCGUGGACUUGGAGCGAGCGCUCAAGAGCGAGGAAGUCGGCACCGACCUGAGGAGCUGUAAGAGGCUCAUGACUCAGCACCAGGCUGUAGAACAAGAGCUGACCCAAUGGGAACAAAAGGCCUCGUCGCUUUCAGCUCAAGGCGAGGACCUCGUAUCGGACGGCCACUUCGACGCCGCCGCUAUCCAGCGGGAAUCCGCUGCGUUGACGCGCGCCCUUCAAGCAUUACAUGCCCCAGCUGCUGAUAGAAGACGCGCCCUCAGCACUAGUCUACAGCUCCACAAAUUCGCUGCGGAAGUAGCCGGCGAGCUGGACUGGCUGAACGAGCGUAAAGCAGCGGCAUCGUCCGAAGCGCUCCCUGGUGACCUCCACGCGGCCCAGACCGCUCUUAAGAAGCACAGCAAGCUGGUCGGCGAGCUGGCUGGGAGGAAACCGCUGGUGGAGCGCGUCAUCGGCCAGGGACGCGCUCUGAUGGAGGACAGGCAUCCGCAGGUCGACAAGAUAUCGUCUCUCUGCGAGUCGCUAUCCACCGCCUACGAAGAAGUAUCAGCGGCGGCCGAAGCCCGCGGCGCGCGUCUUGAAGCCGCGGCGCGCGCGCAACAGUUCGUGCACGACGCGGCUGAGUUGGAAGCCUGGAUGGCGGAUAAGGCUGCUGCAUUAGCUGAUGCUGACGUUGGCAGAGACAGGCAUAGAGCCACGCAGUUACUGACGAGACACAAGGCCGUAGAACUAGAACUAGACACAUACGCAGCCAUCGUCGCCGAGAUGGGUCGCGCGGCCGCGUCGAUGGCUGACGGAGAGGGCGAAGCGCUAGUCCAGAGGCACGAGCAGCUCGCCGCUAGUCUCCAGCGCUUGCAGCGGCUUGCGGCGCACCGGCAGCGAGCGCUGGUUGAGAGCGUAUGCAGACACGAGUACCUAGCAGAAAGCGCUGAGCUGGAGAGCUGGAUACAGGAGCAGUACACGGCUGCCUCCAGCGAAGACUACGGGCAGGACUACGAGCACUUGCUGAUCCUAAGGUCCAAGUUCGAGGAAUUACGCCUGCGCGUGGAAAGCGGUGCGGAACGGUUCAGCCAGUGCGAGGAGCUGGCCAAGAAGCUGUUAGCCACCGACAGUCCAUACAUCGCUGACAUCGAGCGCAGACAGGAGGCGCUGGGCGAGUCCUGGCAACGCCUAGUCGACCAAAUCCAAUCCCGCGGAGCGAAACUCCACGCCGCUGGCGAAAUACAUCGCUUCCAUCGCGACGUGGCUGACUUACUGGCCAGGGUCCACGACAAGAGGGCCCAGCUGUCCCAGGACUUGCCAGCGGGCGCUGCGGCGCUAAGGACUAGGGACAGCACUGAGAAUGACCUGCUGGCUAUUGAUGCUCAGAUGCAGGUGCUCCAAGAAGAAGGAUCUCGCCUGCAAAAGCUAUACCCAGGCAGCAACGUACAACAAAUCGCGUUGCAGCAGCAAGCAUUGGAAGACGCUUGGGCGGCGUUAAGAGCGGCCGCUGAUGAGAGGCGACGACAGCUGGAGAUGCAGGCUGAUCUGCACCAGUUUAGGGCACAGGUCCGCGACCUGACCUCCUGGUGUAGCAGCGUGGUGUCAUCGCUAGCGGCGAGCGGCGCCGGCGCCGGCGGCGUGCGUGACGCGGCCUCGGCUCAAGCGGCGCGCGCAGAGCACGACGCGCUCAGAGCUGAAUUAGAUGCACGCGACGACUCCUUCCGGGCUGCGCUUGAUCAUGGACAGAGGCUGUUGCAAGAGGGACACCCAGCUUCACAAGAGGUGGAAGCAAAAUGCACUCAACUGGUGGAAGCGCGAGCAGCGGCCGCGGGCGCGUGGGCGGCGCGACAGGUGGCGCUCGACCAGCUCAUCGACCUGCACUGCUUCUUGCGGGAUGCGGCUCAAUUGCAUGAAUUGUGCGCGGCUCAGGAGCAUGCGCUAGCUGUGGAGAUAUCUCCCGACUGCAGCGUGGAAGAAGUCGACAACCAGCUGAAGAAACACGAGGCGUUUGAGAAACUGAUCGCCACUCAGGAUGAGAAACUGGCAACCCUGAAUAGUCACGGAGACAAACUGCUACAACAGAACCACGUGGAAAGCCAGCGUAUUGCUGACGAGCUACAGAACAUUAACGAGAGGAGGACCAAGUUGCACGAGGCGUGCGCGGCUCGUCGCGGUCGUCUAGCACGACAGCGCGCGCGCGCACAGUUCGCGCGCGACGCCGCCGACACGCGCGCGUGGCUCGCCGACAAGCGCGCCAAGCUCACCGCCGACCAGCUGCAAGGCGAAGUCACAAGCCUCGAAGACAAGAUCAAGAAACUCCAGAAGCAUCAAGCCUUCACCGCGGAAUUAGCCGCGAACAAAGCGCGCCUGGCCGAGGUCGGCGCGCUGGCGGCGCAGCUGCGGCCUGAUUCGGAGGUCGAGCAGCAGCUGCAAGCGCUGGAGGAGCAGUGGAGGCAGCUGGAGGAGGCUACGGAGCAGAAGGGUCGUGGCUUGGAGGAAGCUCAAGACAUAUUGGAGUUCAACCAGCACCUGGACAAGAUUGAAGCCUGGAUCAGAGACAAGGAGAUGAUGGUGCAAGCUCACGAAUUAGGCCGCGACUACGAGCACUGCAGCGCGUUACUCCGCAAGCUGGAUGACCUGGACAGCGAUAUGAAGGUCGACGAUAAGCAUGUCAAGAGCAUAUGCGCACUCGCCGACAAGCUGCUACAACAGGGCCCGACGCAGCAAGCCACGAGCGUGGCAUCCCGGCGCGACGUGUUCCUAGCCAAGUGGCGAGCGCUGAGCGGCGCGCUGCAGCAGUACCGGGACAACCUCAACGCGGCGCUCGAGAUACACUCCUUCAACAGGGACGUAGAAGACACAGAAGAGCGUAUCGCCAAGAAGGCAGCGCUGUUCAGCAGCACUGAACGCGGGCGUGAGUUGUCGGCUGCAAGAGAGUUGCAGCGCCGCCAUAUUGCCAGGGCGGCCGAGACCAGAGCCGUGGGAGACAAGAUCAAGGCUUUGGAAGCUGAAGGAACUAAGCUGGCUGCAGAGCACCCGGACCGCGCGAAAGAGAUAGAAGACAGCCUGGAGAGCCUCCGCGAAGGAUGGGACAACCUGCAGAAGUUGGCGGACAAGCGCACCGCUCUGUUGGAGGAGGCCAUCGCAGAACACAAGUUCGAUGAGACUUUGAAGGAGCUGGAGCUGUGGGUGUCGGAGAGCAUCAAGCGCAUGGACAGCGCCGCGCCGCCCGAGAGCGUGCCUGACGCGGAGGCCGCCUUGGAGCUGCACCACGAGAGGAAGGCUGAGAUCGACGGGCGUCAGAAAGCCAUCCUGUCCCUCCAGAAGGAGGUGGAACAUGUUCCGGAGAAGAAGCAGCGCGUGGAACAUCUGUCCCGCACGCUGGACGGCGCCUGGCUGCAGCGCAAGCAGUACAUAACGCAGGCGCACCAGCUGCAACUGCUGAAGGAGCAGGCGCGGCAGACGGAAGACUGGCUCGCGGCUAAGGAAGCCUUCCUGAACAACAUCGACCUCGGAGAGAACAUCGACGCCGUAGAGACCCUGAUCCGCAAGCACGCGGAGUUCGCCAAACUGCUGGAUUCCCAGCUAGGCCGCGUGGACGAACUGGAGAAAUUCGCUCGAGGGAUGUUGCAAGACGACCACUAUGAUAGGGAGUAUAUUGAGAAGAGGCUGGCGGAGAUACUGGCGAGGAGGGACAAACUCAAGGAGUCCUGCCUAGCCCGCGGCGUGAAGCUGGAACAAUCAAGGCAACUGCACCAGUUCUCAAGGGACCUGCAGCACGAACGCGAGUGGAUCGCGCUGAAGAUGCAGCAGGCGGCUGAACAGAACUACAGAGACCUGUCAAACCUCCAAAGCAAGAUCCAGAAGCAAGCGGCCUUCGAAUCAGAACUGGCCGCCAACAAGGGCCGCAUCGACGACGUCGCAAACCACGGCGAAGAACUCAUCGAAGCGAACCACUACGCCGCUCAAGAAAUCACUGAGCAAGUGGAAGAACUGGAGAACCAAUGGAGAGAACUGCAGGCGGCCGUGAAACUCCGCCGUGAGCGGCUCCAACAAGCCUACCAGGCACGCGUGUACCUGCGUGGCCUGGACGACUUCACGGCCUGGCUCGACGACGUCGAGGCACAGCUGCUCAGCGAGGAUCACGGCAAGGACCUAGCGUCAGUGACAGCUCUCCUCAAGCGCCACACGCGCUUAGAACAGCAAGUGGGCAGCAAGAGCGAGACAGCUGCACAGCUCGCCGACACGGCCCGACAACUGGCCGACAGCGGACACUUCAUGGCCGACGAGAUACUGGACAAGGCCGACAGCGCUGUUAAGAGAUACCGGCAACUACAAGAGCCCAUGCAGAUCAGGCGUGACAAUUUAGAAGACGCUGCGUUGCUGCACCGCUGGGAAAGGGACGCCGACGAAGAACUCAAGUGGCUGAAGGAGCGCGAGGCGGCUGUGCUAUCGGAGGAAUACGGCAACGCCUUAGCCGAGUCGCAGGCGCUUCUCAAGAAACACCUCGCGCUGGAGGCAGAAAUUAUCGCCAGAGAAUCAACAGUGAAAGGCGUGUGCAACCGCGCGGCACAACUAUGUCGGCGCGGACACUUCGCGUCUCAAGCGCUUGACAACUCCUCCAAAGCGCUGCUGGCCGCGCUGCAGACGCUACUUCACGCUGCUGCUACCAGGACACAGAGGAUUAACGAAAGAUGCGAACUGCUGCAACUGACAUCAGAAAUAUCAGAAGCAGCUGCCUGGCUGGCUGAACGGCGAGGAGCUUUGGUCUCCCCAGACGUGGGUCGCGACGAGGAAUCUGUUUUGGCACUGGCCAGGCGACUGGACGCACUGCAAAGAGAACUACAGGCAUUUGACUCAAAUGUAUCGAAGCUGGAACGCGGCGCAGCUGCCUUAGCGACCCGCGAGCCAUCCGACCGGGCGUUGGUAGAAGAGCGCCUGUCCGAGCUGAAGGCCAGCUAUGAAGAAAUGAAGCUGCUGUCAGCCAAGCGGCAGCAGCGCUUGCAGCAGAGCUUGAAAUACUUCAAGUUCGUCCAAGAGUGCGAGGAAGUCCAGGAAUGGAUCAGCGAGCAGAUGUCUGCGGCCGCCAGCGAGGAGUACGGGCUGGAUGUAGAACAUGUGGAGACUCUGCAGCAGGCCUUCGACAACUUCCUCGCGCAACUGCACGCCAACGAAGGCCGCAUAGAGGCGGUGUGUGAGAGUGGCAACGCCCUUUUGGAAGAAAACGCGCCUGAAGCAGACAAGGUCAAGCAACGCGUGGAGGAUACAAGAGGACUAUGGGAGGACUUGAAGGAACUGGCACUCGCUAGGCAGGAGGCCCUAGCAGGCGCUCGCCAAGUCCACGAGUUCGACCGCUCCGCAGACGAGACGGCAGCCUGGGUGGCGGAGAAGGAAGCAUUGUUGCCAGACGCAGGCGCGCGGUCACGGACUGAACUGCACGCGCAGAAGCGACGUCUUACUGCACUGCACGCUGAUUUGGACGCUAUACGGGCGAGACAUGCUGGACUGAAGGAAGAGGCUGCUAGACUGGGCACAGCAUUCCCCGACGCCAAGGAGCACGUGACAGCCAAGCUAGAAGACGUUUCGGAAGCGCUAGAGGCGCUUGCAGCGAGAGCAGACCACGCGGGCACACAGGUCGAGCUGGCGGAACAACUGCAGGCUUACUUCGGGACCUACCAGGAACUGCUUGCGUGGACCAACGAGAUGAUCGCGCGCGUGACGGCCGCGGAACUGGCGCGCGACGUGGCCGGAGCGGAGAGACUGCUGGCGAGGCACAAGGACAUGCGAGCGGAGAUCGACGCCAAAGAGGAUGACUUCCAGAGGCACUACCACGAUGGCGAGAAACUAAUCCACGACGGCCACUUCAUGUCGGCGGAGAUCGAGGAACGAAUGAGCGUCCUACGCAGCCGCCGCGCGCAGUUAGAAGCCGCCUGGGAACGACGCAGCACCGUCUACGCACAGCAUUUGGACGCAUUGCUGUUCAGACGGGAUGCCGACGCUCUGAGUGGCUGGAUAGAGAGCAGGGUGCCACUAGUCCGCGACGGCAAGUACGGCGAGAGCGUGGCGCAGGUGGAGGAGCUUAUCAGCCGCCACCGCGACCUGGAAGAAACCAUCGAGUCGCAGCGGGACAAGUUUAACGCGCUCAAACGUAUCACGCUGGUGGAGCAAGCCUUCGCAGCGAUGCGCGACGAGGAAGAAGCGGCCAGACGACGCUCGGCAGAAAGGCAGGAGGCUGAAAGGAUGCAGCAGUACAGACGCCGCGAGCUACAGAGGAUCGCUGAGGAGAGAAGACAGGAGGCCACGCCGCCUGCACAGCCGCCUAGAGAGGUGGAGCGCGUGCUGGGCCAGUCUACGGAGACCUUGGAAGAAGCGUCGCCGGCCACGUUAGAACGCCUGCCCAAGCACGACGCAGCCGUCAAGCGAGCCGAGAGCAUGAGUGUGGUGAAGACUCCCAAGCGAACGCCGUCGUUUACAACGCGGCGUCGCACACAAAGCUUCCGCCGCCACCGCCGGCCUGAGGAGCUGCCGCCGGUUGAGAUCGAAGGUUUCUUGGAGCGCAAGCAAGAGGCCGGUUGCGGCGGCAAGCGAGCCACCGUCAGAUCCUGGCGUGGUUACUACUCGGUGCUGUGUGGACAAUUACUGUGCUUCUUCAGGGAUGAACUGGACUUCGCGAGUUCUAAGGCCGCCGCCCCUCCCGUGGCUAUACUUAACGCCACCUGUUCACCGGCUGGCGAUUACACAAAACGCGCGCACGUAUUCCGUCUGGCCUGCGCGGACGGCGCCGAGUAUCUCUUUGCGGCUGCCACCCGCGACCUGAUGAGAGACUGGGUGGCCAAGCUCGCCUUCCAUGCUCAACUACCGCCGGAGUUGCAGCUGACUCCGUACUCGCCUAAUACAAGUCCUCAGGAUGAGAAUAAUGUGGAAUUGAGGAAGAGGCUGCAAAAGAAUGCCGGCUCUUCGUCAUCAUCAGCGGCGUCGUCUCCCGAACCAGCGAGGCAGUCUCGCUCGCAGGCCGAGAUUCUUCAACAACACCGCUCGCAACAACGCUCCUCCGCCACGCCAGAACGGAGCGAGAGAAAUAUUGAAUCGACGGUGCUGCCAUCAUUGCCGCCUCGGCAGCCCCCGCAAGAUGACGGAGCCGAUAUAGUUUUGAGAAAUUCUGAACAAACCAGCUCGUGGGGUAGAUCACGGUUUUCAAACGGGCGCGACAUCAACGCAGAGUUCAUAAAAUCACAGAAAGAAGCAAAUCUCAAAAUAGAAGGCGCUCCACCGCUACCUCUAUCGGGCCCACCUGAUCGCGCGAACGUUCCCGAGCGCGCGCCGAAUCUGCCCGAACGCGCGCCGAACAUACCCGAGCGGGGACCGACAGUACCCGAGCGAGGUCCGAUGUUACCCGAGCGAGGACCGAUGCUACCCGAGCGUGGGCCGAUGAUACCCGAGCGAGGGCCGAUGAUAGCCGAGAGGACUCACGACAGAAACCCAGAAAAGCAAUCCGUGCACGCUCUAGUGAAUAGUUAUCAGCAAAGAAUGACGGGCAGCUAUCAAGGCCCCCCUCGGGAUGUGAACCGCAACUCAUCGUGGUCGCUGGAGCGCCAGAACAACAACUGGCAGAGCGUUGAGACGACGUCGCAUUUCUACACGGCCAGCGAGCUCGCAUACGGUGGGAACAGCAGCACACGCCCGGCUUCCGUCGCCGGCAGCGGAGGAUCGCCCGCGCUUGACCAGAGACCCGCUUCUAGGUCAUCCGGUGAAUCCGAAUUGUCGGUGAGCGGCGUCACAAAAGAAAAGAAAGACAAAAAGGGCGUCUUCGGAGGCCUGUUCAGCAGGAAGAAGCGGCCUCAGAGCCACAUGUAGGCCUCUACGCGUAGACUAGUCAAGAGCAGUUACAACAAUACGAAAAGGUGAAUAGGUAUGUUUCAUCAAGCUUGAAUUAAUAAUAAAAAUAUUCUCUAUUUUCAACUAAAGCCUGGUCCGUGAGCACGUAGAAUUUUGUCCAAUGAC